AUGAACGUCAACAAGAAGCUCGGCCGCUUCAAGCAAUGGGGCAAAGAACGCAUGGGAGGCGAGGUCAAGACGGACACCACGGAAGACUUCAAGUCGUUGGAGGUGGAGAUGCAGCUGCGUUGCAAUGGCAUGGAGAAGAUGAAAAAGUCCACCGACACCUACAUCGUAUCGCUGUCGAAGAGGGAAAAGUACCAAGACAAGGAGCCGCAGCUACCCGUGGGCUAUUUUGGUGCCACCAUGGUCAAUCAUGGCGAUGAUUUCGAGGCGGACUCGGAGUUUGGGCAAUGCCUUUCCAUGCUCGGCCGGGCCAACGAACGUAUCGCCCGCAUGCAAGAGACCUACUGUGCCWAUGCCACGAGCAGCUGGCUGGAAUCGCUGGAGAGAUCGCUGGUGCAGAUGAAGGAGUACCAGCGAGCUCGCAAACAGUUGGAUUCCCGGAGACUGGCUUAUGACACAGCUUCAACCAAGAUGCAGAAGAGUAAGAAGGAAGAUUUCCGCGCCGAGGAAGAGUUACGCUCGCAGAAGAUGAAGUACGAGGAAAGCAGUGAGGAUGUAUAUCGCCGCAUGCUGGACAUCAAAGAGGCAGAGGUGGAGUCUGUCCAGGACUUGACAAGCUUCCUCGAAGCAGAGUUGACAUACUACGAUCGAUGCCGGGAUGUGUUGAUGCAGUUGAAGCGGGACUGGCCGGCCGCCAACGGCCCUCUUCGAUCCGACGCUUCAAGUCCAGUUAACGGUGGACCCAUACGCCGGACAGUCACUCAGUCUCGUUCACGCGCCGGCUCAGUGAACGAUCGCUUCGCCCGUAUUGCUGAAGACGAGGGUCUAGAACCACCUCCAAGACCCAUCAUAAGCUCGCGCACGACCUCGGGAGCCAACUCUCCUGCGAGAGAACUGCCCGGUUUUGAUCUUCCCACUCGUCAACCUAACUAUCGCAGCGCUUCCACUCCUGGCUUUGAAGGACCCAUGUCGGUGGGAGGCAUUAAUCGCGAGAAAUCUCCCGCGGGCAUGCCUCGUCUGACCCGUGUCCCUACGGAACCCUCUGCUCUGAUGGGCGCUCGAUCGAACCUACGAAUUACAAAGUCGCGUGAUGGCCCGCCUCAAGCCACCGCCGGGCAAGAUGUCUUCGGCGACGACCAGAGCGAGUACUCCCAGCCCCCAUCCAGCUUCGGUGAUCAUAGGAACCCGAGCUGGUCCACAACAGGUCAGGACGGUGGCAGUACGACCAAAAAGGCUCCACCGCCACCACCUCCGAGCAGAUCGAAGAAGCCACCACCACCUCCCCCGUUGAAACGGAGCGCCUUGAGCACAAGCGAAGUGCCAACAAGGUACUAG